UGCGUUCCCAUAAAUAUUUAUGCCAAUUUUGAGAGCAAACUAGUCUAACUUCAAAGCUGCAUUUUGUGAAUUGUGGAAGCAAAUGUGAUUAAAAUGCAACCAAACAGUUGAUAUAAAUCUAGCAUCAAAGCAGAAGUAGCUACAUUUUCCGCCGAGAUGUCUGGUUAUAACUUCCAUUAAUUUUAAAUUCUCUUCCGAUUGCCCCGAAUAUCAAGAUUAUGUGGAAUAAGCAACCGGUUGAAAAUGUUCGGAUUUUGCUGCGCUUACGAGGAUAUUUGUAAUUUAUUUGGCAAUAAAUUUAUAAUGUUGCCGUUUUCAGCAAAAUCGUGUAUAUGGACAAAUGUAAAAAUGGAUAACAUUCCUGAAAUUUUAAACUUACCACAAGCGUUUAAAACGCUUUAUAUGUUUUUGUUGCUCAUGAAUGGUUCGAGAAAACGUGCGAAAAGAAUAAAUAAAUGAAGAUUAAAGAGGAGCGCCGCAGAACGGGAAGAUAUGUAGCGACUGUGAUAGCAAUUUUUGUUUCUUUAUUCGGUUUGUACCAGGCGAUGGCUCGAGGGACGCCCGAAUAUGCAGCAUUUUUUUUACCGGCACUGAUUAUGUUCUUCUACGUGCUUUGGAUUCUAUACGCUUCCAGGUCUCGCGGCAAACUUUUUACCGAUGAAACCACCGAAGCACUGGAAGACAUUAAAACUGUUUCUGAGAAUCCUUCUGGGGACAGCAGUCUUACAAAUCCCAAACCAUCCACGUCCCAGAAGCCACAAAUUUUUUCUAGGUCCUAUUCCGUAGCGUAAUUGAUACAAUAUUUAUUGUUUUAUACGAUGAACGCAUUUUGUAUAUUUGUUACAAUAUUUACAUUAAUAGGAUAAUAUAUUGUAAUUAGGUAUUAUGUUGUUUGGGAUGUUGCAAAACAUUGCAUUAAAAUUUUGAUAAUUUAA